AUGGAUGUCGACGAAAUUACGUCGGAAGGCUAUGUCUUCCUCCGCCUACCAGAAGAGACAGCAUUCCGAGUCGUUGAAAUUCUCCCUGGAGAGAAAGAUACACCCAUCUACUGCAAACUUCAUGUAACGGAUUGGGAAAACACUCUCCCAUAUGAAGCCCUUUCAUAUGUCUGGGGUGAUUCUACCCGAGAAAACCCUGUUUUUGUUGAUGGAAAGCGGUUAAAUGUGACUCAAAGUCUGUGGACCGCUAUCAACCACUUGCGCUAUCCGGACCGAGCCCGUUUUCUCUGGGCUGACAUUAUCUGCAUCGACCAAGAGCACAACGGGGAGAAAGGAAAACAGAUUCAACAGAUGAAGAGAAUCUAUGAGAAUGCUCAAGCUGUCGUUUCCUGGCUUGGCCCUGACACCGAAGAUCAUAAGGCUGGUCCAGCGAUCGAAGCCAUCCGAGUAGUAUCGGACUUCCUCUGCAGAGAGCUCAAAGUGACAGUUGCGGAUCUCAAAGCAAUGAACAACAUGACAGAGUUCGUAUUUAAACACCGCGAGACCCUUCCCAAUCCGGAUGAGUGCGAUUUCAGCUCAGAGGAACUAUGGAAAGCUUUGGCUUGGUUCUAUUCCAUUCCCUAUUUCACUCGUGUUUGGGUUAUCCAAGAGGUUAACGCCAAUAGAGAGCGAACAGCGCAUUGUGGCUAUGAGACUGUCCCAUGGGACCUUGUCGAAAUUGUGGCGGGGUAUAUUAUCAUGGAAACUGACUUCUCUAAGCGAUGGGGGUUCUCUAAGACGAACGUCUGGUGGGCAGCUACUACCACCGAACUCAAACGUCCCGAGAAUUGGCUUUCGAUGCUCUACUUGGCAUCCAACUACGGUUGCUUAGAUGCUAGGGAUGUAAUCUAUGGGCUGAGAGGUCUGAUGAGGUUUUCUAAAGGUGCCGAGCUUUUGACACCGGAUUAUGGAAAAAAUUCUCUUGAAGUUUAUCGAGACUCUGUGGAGGCUGCCUUGGUAAACUUCGAGAAUACAGAUGUCUUACUGUAUCUCGCUGGAGUUGAAAGUCCCUCAUGGAUACCCGCGUGGAACGUUUCCAUGCUCUUCAGGAACCCAUUUAGGUUUGGAAAUAGAGUACCUUGGAAGCCGGCUGGGGACUCGAAAGCUGUCUGGAGCAUUGAUAAGAAGGACAAUAUUUUAUCUGUGGAUGGGUUCAUUGCCGACACUAUCAAGAUCUCACAGCCAUACAACGAAAUGUACUUUGGAACCACGAUGCUGAGCUCUGAAGAAGGCACUGUGAAACUAAAGCAGGUUUGGAAAGAAAUCUUGGAGAUCAUAGAACAGGCAACCGCAUCGUCCACUCCAUUCACAAAAAACCUACUAAACGCAGCGGGGAAUACCUUUUCAUUUGGACUGAAUGAAAAAAGUCUUCCAGCAGAUGAAGGGCUUCUCCUUCAUCGGUUCGUGGCAUACCUCAAGAUAGUACUCGACGGCGAAAUAUUUGCCAAAUAUGUCUCUAAAGAUCUUGCCAGUGAAUCUUCGGAAGCCGAUGGGGCUUUGUUUGGGAAACCAGUAUGGGACUUUACAUAUCCAGAGUCGAGUUUCUAUGUCACUGAAGGGGGAUUGCUGGGGUGCUGCGUUUCUUCGACAAAGGUGGGUGAUUCGGUUGCCGUUCCUCUAGGUAGUACCUACCCUCUUGUUCUGCACCCGGAGGAAGAUGGAAAGUUCCUAAUUCGAGGGUUCACCUAUGUGUAUGGGGCUAUGCAUGGGGAACUGAAAGACACGUCGACUCGAGCGAUAGAGCUACGCUAA